UGACGUAUAAUCUAGUGGACGGUUCUUCAGAAACAGCUCGCCAACCACCUCGGUAGCUUGCUAACCAACAUAGCCGAAAGAUUCAAGCUAUUUAUACGCAUUCGGUGUAUAUUAGCUACUGUGUACUCAACACACUUCUGUCGUAUCUACUUUUGUUAACCUAUUUAAUGUAAUAUUACGUUAUUUUGUAUUAUUCAGCUAUAGUAGCUGGCUGGUUAAGUUAGCACAAGCCUAGUCGCUAAUGAUAGCUAGCUAACAUCCCUGACCAUGAGCUCCCUAAACUUCUCUCCUCCUGUUAAAGAAGAGGAGGUCUGCUGGACGGAGAAAGAAGCUCUGGGCCUGAACAUUGUCGUGAAAGAGAAGAAAGAAGAAGAGGAUGUUACAGUGAACAAAGAAGAGAAAGACGUUUUUGGAAUGAAGGAUGAAGAGGGGGAGAUUACUGUCACAUUAGAGGAGGACGAAGAAGAGAAGACUGGAGAUCUGAUUAACACCAGUAAAUACAGAGAGAGACGGGACUACAGUGGGUCCUCGGGGGAGCUUCAACAACAUCAUGAUGCUGACAAGGCAGAGAAGAGUCUCUCCAGAUCAGUACACCUCAAGAAACAUCAGCGGAGACCCACAGGGAAGAAAUCUCAUCGCUGCUCUGACUGUGGGAAAGGUUUUAAAUCUUCAUCAGAACUUAAAAUACACCAACGAGUACACACAAUAGAGAAAUCUUACCACUGUUUUGAUUGUGGGAAGAGCUACUUAAGAUCAAAUUCACUAAAAGUACACAUGAGAAUUCACACAGGAGAGAAACCAUUUAUCUGUGAUCAAUGUGGGAAGAGUUUUACUACAUCAAGCCAUUGGAUUGUACACCAGAGAACACACACAGGAGAGAAACCCUAUAGCUGUACUCAAUGUGGGAAGAGUUUUACUCAGUCAAGCAACCUGUUAUCACACCAGAGAAAACACACAGGAGAGAAAUCUUAUAGUUGUAAUCAAUGUGGGAAGAGUUUUAUUCAGUCAAGCAUCCUGGUAUCACACCAGAGAAUACACACAGGAGAGAAACCUUAUAGCUGUGAUCAAUGUGGGAAGAGUUUUACUACAUCUAGCCAUCUGACUGUCCACCAGAGAACACACACAGGAGAGAAACCUUAUAGCUGUACUCAAUGUGGGAUUAGUUUUACUCACUCAAGCAGCAUGUUAUCACACCAGAGAAAACACACAGGAGAGAAAUCUUAUAGCUGUAAUCAAUGUGGGAAGAGUUUUGUUACAUCUAGCCAUCUGACUAUACACCAGAGAACACACACAGGAGAGAAACCCCAUAGCUGUGAUCAAUGUGACAAGAGAUACUCUGAUAAAAGAUCUCUGAUCAAACAUCAGAAAAUACAUACAUGAAGGAGUUGUUUCAUGAUAUCAAUGAAAUAAAAUCUCACAGUGUAGAAUGUUUAAACAUUGUAGUAGGAGUAUUUGAAUAAUGUAGAACCCAAAUUGUUUGCCUCCUGUUCUAUUGAUUUCAGCCUCAUCAGUGGAAAUUGUUUUGUACUUUGCUGCAUUCAUCUUUCCCUUAAUCUUGAUCAGUCUGCCAGUGCCUGCCAUUGAAAACUAUCCCCACUGCAUGAUGCUGCCAACACCAUGCUUCACCGUAGGGAUUGGGCCUGGUUUCCUCCAGACGUGACGCUUGACAUUCAGGCCAAGAGUUCAAUCUUGGUUUCAUCAGACCAGAGAAUCUUGUUUCUCAUGGUCUGAGAGGCCUUUUGGCAAACUCCAAGUGGGCUGUCAUGUGACUUUUAUUGAGGAGUGGCUUCCGUCUAGCCACUCUAUUGUAAAGGUCUGAUUGGUGGAGUGCUGUAUAGAUGGUUGUCCUUCUGGAAGGUUCUCACAGAGGAACUCUGGAGCUCUGUCAGAGUGACCAGUGGGUUAUUGGUCACCUCCCUGACCAAGGCCCUUCUCCCCUGAUUGUUCUGUUUGAAAUGGAUGCCAGCUCUAGGAAGAGUCUUGGUGGUUUCAACCGUCUUACAUUUUAGAAUGAUGGAGGCCACUAUGUUCUUAGGGACCUUCAAUACUGCAGAAAUGUUUUGGUACCCUUCCCCAGCUCUGUGCUUUGACACAAUCCUGUCUCGAAGCUCUACGGACAAUUCCUUCGACCGCAUGGCUUGGUUUUUUCUCUGACAUGAAUUUAUGGCAGGUGGGCGCCAAUGAAGUUGUAGAAACAUCUCAAGGAUGAUUAAUGGAAACAGAAUGCACCUGAGCUCAAUUUUGAGUCUCAUAGCAAAGGGUCUAAAUAAGGUAUUUCUGUUUUUCACUUUGUCAUUAUCGUGUAUUGUGAUGUCAUUAUGGGGUAUUGUGUGUAGGUUGAUGAGGAAAAUAUUAUUUAACCCUUUCACACGUACCAUCACACGGGUGUGAUCGUUCUACAGUGGUCCCUGAAGCGUACGAUCACACCUGUGUGAUUAGAACACUCAUUUAGAAUGCUCCUUUAGAACGGCCAGUUUCGAAUGACGCAACAAUCAGCGUUUGAGCUGGCCACACUUUUUUCAGAAACUAUUUACACAAACACAGUCCUUACAAAGUUAUGUCCAGAAUGUGAGCAGUUUAUUUUGGGAUGCAAUGUUCAGAUAUUCACAGAAGUACAGUAUAUAUAGCAUAACACAAUCAUCCUAACCGGAAAAAUGUAGGCUACAGUUGUCCUAGCGCUAACUGAGGAAAGAUUGACCCCACACAAGCUGUCAUAUUUUCUAGCUCUAGGCUGACAUAAACCGCAUUAUGAAUUUGCUAAUAGCAAUUACUAUGUAUAAUUAAUCACAUCACGGGUGAGCUCACCAUUGAUCGAAAUAACUAUGAAAAACACUUUAUAGAAAUCGAAAGUAAUCCGACGAUUAGUUUCAGCGCGCAGCCAUGCAUUUUUUUCCUCACAGAAACCGAAGAUAAUAAGAGAAGACGAGAUGUGUUUGGUCUGUUUAUAGUAUGCAUGUUGAAGGGGUGUGUCAUCUACCGUCGUUCACAUCCCACCAUUAAUUUCCGGAAGUCCUCAAAAAAUUUGUGAACUCUUACCUCAUUUUGCUAUAGCAUCUUUGGUCCGACAGACGAUCAAGUGAAACCCAGAAUGCAUUGUAUGUCAACAAACAUGGCUCCACACACAUAGCUGGAAUUAGCUUAGCUCAUAAUCAGUACAACCUUCAAAACAUUAUUUUACACACAUACUAUGUGCCCUUUACAAUCUAUGCAAAAAUCGGAAUGCAUGAUUUAUCACCGGUAAUUGAAAAACGUGAAUAAAAUAGUAAAUAUAGGAACACUACACAAAACAUUUGAUAGUGAUUUAUUGAUACAAAGGACACGUGCAGGCAGUCAAUCACGUAACCUCUCACUCCCGCUCUGAGCCAUUCAGUGUUGUUAUGUACGUAGCUAAUGAGCUAAGCUGUAGCAUUAGCAAUGUCUUUCAAAAGGAGACAACUCAGAAUUGCAGAAAUUGAGAUUUUUUUAAAAUUCUGACAAUGAGUCUGAAUGUCAGGAAUCAGGUUCUGACAGUGACAGAGGACCCCUUGUCGACUGACAAAGUCCCAGUUCCCUUUGAAGAUGCUGGUGGUGACGGAGGCAGACCGAUAGUACAGGAGUUCUGUGGUAGCUGGAAGGCUGCCAGCCAUUUCACCCCUCCUGGCCCUGCUGUUUGUGUUGAUGAGUCCCAGUCUGGAGUGGGGGGGGCAGCCACAAUUAGUGAAAUGUAUACAUUUCUGGUGACCGUAAAGAGGAACUCCAUAAGAGAAUACUGGGGCAGAGAUCCUAUGUUUGCAACUCCCUUCUUUGCCACCCUCUUUUCCCAAGACUGCUUUCUAGUUCUGCUGCUAUGACUGCAUUUCAUCAACAACGCUACUGCCAUCCUAAAUGACCCAUUAUACAAAAUAAAACAUGUUAACAGCUGGCAGUAAAGUUCCAUGACAAACGAGACGUCCAUGUCCUCUCCUCUGUCCAUACAGCAACCAUGUCAGCCACAGGGAAGUUGGACCACCUGACGGGAGAGAGAAACAAACCAGACAGAGAAACAUCAAACCAGACUGCGUGCUUGACUAUAACCUCAAAAUGGGGGCAGUGGAUAAGGCUGACAUGAUAAACAGCUUUGUGGAAUGUACUCAGAAAACGACCAAGUGGUAUAAGAUAUUUCUAAAUUUUUCCAGGGUAGCGUCAAAAUACAACACCUUCUUCUGAUGCAUUUAGCAUUGUUUUACAGAGCUAAUAGAAGAAUGUAAUACAUUCAAUAUAACACCAUAAAAGGUGAGUAACGUUACCUAGCGUGUCCGCGGUUAUAAGGAAUAUACACAAAUAUAUUACGCUCCAUACACACAGUGAGCUACAGUAGACACAGUAUAACACGACACACAGAAACUAUAACGUAAUAAGGCACUUACUUUGAUAGAAAUGCAGUUUGGAUUUGAAGAUGGGUGUCUGUAGUGACGCCUCUAGCACGGCUGUGCCACUUGGGAGUCAUAAAGCCAGGGUAGCUUCAAAAUACAACACAUGCUAAUACUUCCCUGUAGCAAAAUAUUAUGCUACAGUAGAAACGACAUGCAGAAACUAUUAUAACGUAAUAAGGCACUUUGAUAGAAACGCACACAUUUCCAAAGUUAUUAUUGGUAACGAAAACAACUUUGAUUGCGAUGCAGGCGACAGGUGGAAAACAUGAACACGUGUGUGCAGGACGGCAGAUGAGCAAAUGUCUGCAGACUUGAACUGCACAAACAAUUGAGAAGUGUUUGGGGAAUUUUGUCCGGGUCAGAAAUGUCAAAAAAAUUAAUUGGUCCGCGAAAGUAAAAAUGACUACUUGUAUGUGAAUGAAUGAGGCGGAACACACCUCAUUUCAAACUGUUAUUAGAAAUAAAAAACUUAAUAGAAAAUAAUGUAAAAUUGACAAAUAAAAACAGGCUGCGUGCUUUGGUUUGAGGGCAGCGCCGAUUAAAUGUACUGUUACCGAACAAUCACAUUCUGGAAUGGAGAGAACGUUCUAACAUCACGUGCAUAAAAAAACUCACGCUGGGGUGACCGUUAGAGAUAUUUGGAACUCACGCAUGAAAGGGUUAAUCCAGUUUAGAAUAAGGCUGUAAUGUAACAAAAUGUGGAAAAAGUCAAGGGGUCUGAAUACUUUCUGAAUGUUCUGAAUAUGCUGUUGGUUUACUGUUAGAAUAAGUUGUAUGACUACACCAAUACUGUUAAAGCAACGAUGCAGAGACCUAGAAAAUACAUGGCCAACCUUGCUGCUAGAGAUCUAGCUACUGGGUGCAGGUUUCUGUUCCAGCCCUGCACUAACAGCUGACAUUGUGCUGAUUAUUUGGAUUAGACACUAUUCAACUAUUCAAUCAUGUCUUGUUUUGGAGUCAGAUGGAUGUCUAUACCCACUGCCCAUUUCCACAGGUGUUUUUAUGAUAGGAAAUAAAGGGCUGAUUCACAGAAUGAACUAUAGUGUCUUUUUGAGUCAUUGAACAUUCCCUGUUUGU